ACAAAGAGCUAGCAGCGUUAGCUCCGUACUCUGCAUGCGGACAUAAAAAGCGUGAAGAGGGUGUUGUGUUCAUGUGUCGCAGGUAAAAUAUUCUGUUGAUAGCGAAGCAGCGAUGUCUUCACUUCAGUGUUUCAGAGAUUUAAUCACCGAACGACUAACUGUUGCUGCUGAAGAAAUAUUCAGACACGUCGAAAGAACCGUCGUAGAGUACGAGGAAGAGUUGGAUCGUCAGCGCAAACUGUUGGAGAUCUUUUGCAAACCUCGAGUAAAUUUACAGCGAAUAGAGCUUCCACAGCAGCAUGUCUGUAAAGAGGAGGAGGUUCUCACUGAGCAGCAGUUCUGGAACCAGGAGAGGAACUCCAGUCUGGACCAAGAGGAACCAGAGUCAGUACAGAUUAAAGAGGAGCAGGACACAUUAAUGUUGACUCCUGAAAAUGAAGUCCAUAUGAAGUGGGGCCCUGUAAUAAAGUUACAGAGUACAGAGCUUCCACAGCAGCAUGUCCCUAAAGAGGAGGAGGUUCUCACUGAGCAGCAGCUCUGGAACCAGGGGAGGAACUCCAGUCUGGACCAAGAGGAACCAGAGAUACUACAGAUUAAAGUGGAGCAGGAGGAAAUCUGCACCAGUCAUGAGGGAGAGCAGCUUGAAGUGAAGCAGGAGGCAGAUACAUUAUUGUUCACUCCUGUUAAAGAGGAAAGUGACCACAUGAAAUCAGAACCAGACAGUGACCACCAGCUCCCCUCUCACAGCUCUCCUGCAGCUCAGAGUCACGAUCAGACAGGAAGUCACCAUGUUGACUCUUCUAAUAGUCAUGCAGAGUCAAAGCCAUGCAGUACCAAAGUAGAAAACUGUGACACAUCAAAGAUAGAGUCUGAAACUUACACAGGUAAAAAGGCUUUUAAAUGUGACACUUGUGGAAAAAGGUUUGUUUCUAAGUCUCGACUGAUUGUACAUAUGAAAGUCCACACAGCAGAGAAACCCUUUUCUUGCACAACAUGUGGAGAGUGUUUUAUUUCGCGUAAGGACUUGAUAGUCCAUGAAAGAAUUCACUACGGUGAAAGGCCAUAUUCCUGUAAAACAUGUGGAAAGCGUUUUAUGCGAAGGAAUAAUUUGAUAAUCCAUGAAAGAAUUCACUCUGCUGAGAAUCCAUAUUUCUGUAGAACAUGUGGAAGGAGUUUUGGUCGAAGUUCGGAUUUGAUAAGACAUGAAAGAAUCCACACAGAUGAGAGGUCACAUUCCUGUAAAAUAUGUGGAAAGUGUUUUGGUCAAAGGUCGGCUGUGAUAGUCCAUGAAAGAAUUCACUCUGGUGAAAAGCCUUAUUCCUGUAGAACAUGUGGAAAGUGUUUUUCACGAAGGCCUAAUUUGACAGUCCAUGAAAGAAUUCACUCUGGUGAGAGGCCAUAUUCCUGUAAAACGUGUGGAAAGAGUUUUAUGCGAAGGCCUGAUUUGGUAAUCCAUGAAAGAAUUCACUCUGGUGAGAAGCCCUAUUCCUGUAAAACAUGUGGAAAGGGUUUUAAUCAAAGGCGGAGUUUCGUAGAACAUGAAAUAACUCACACUGGUGAGAAGCCCUAUUCCUGUAAAACAUGUGGAAAGCGUUUUAUGCGAAGGACUGAUUUGGUAACCCAUGAAAGAAUUCACUCUGGUGAGAAACCCUAUUCCUGUAAAACAUGUGGAAAGCGUUUUAAUCAAAAGCGGAGUUUGGUAGAACAUGAAAUGUCUCACACUGGUGAGAAGCCCUAUUCCUGUAAAACAUGUGGAAAGUGUUAUAGUCGAAAGAUGCGUUUGACAGUCCAUGAAAGAACUCACUCAGGCAAGAAGCCAUAAACCUGUACAACGUGUGGAAAGUGUUUCAGUCAAAGUUUGUCUUUGGUAGAACAUAAAAAAACCUCAUGUAGGUGAGAAGCCAUGUUUCUGUAGAAUGUGCUUUAUUUGAAAGGAGAAUUUGCCAAUCCAUAUAAAACCACACAGUAGUGAAGCCUUUCUCCUGUGAAACAUGUGGAAAGGAUUCUUGAUAUAAGUUCAGUUUGAUAGAACAUGAAAGAAUUCAUGCAGUUCAUCCAUCUUAAGUCUUUUACAUUCCAGCAUCAUUAUCUCCCCCUUGACCUCUUUUCUGUGAAAAUAAUUUACACUUCCAUGAUUACCCAGUUGGCACCCAGGUUAAUUUUUCCAGUAAACCCUACUCUACCCUCCCGCCCUGUUCCCUCUCCAAUUUCCCAGUGCCCAUAUAAUCAACAAAACCCCCUCUGUGAAAUAAGAUUUUUUGGGCUUUUUAUGGCCUUUAGGAAGGUUUUACAAAUG